AUGGAAGGAGCUGUAGUCAUAGCAACUCAUCCCCCUCCUCCCCCUGGCCCCUCUCAACUCCCUCGCACACCUCCAAACACACAGGAGUCAUCUCUCCAUCCCACCCCUGAACCACCUCCUCCCCCACCUCCCCCACCCCCACCUCCCCCCGCCUCCCCAAGAGGAGGCUGCGAUGCCUUCUCCCGUAGCGUACAUCGUCGUUCCAAGAUGAGGAACUUCAACUGGGAUGCCAUCCCCCGUCAGUCAGUCCUUGGGAAGAAGAACGUGUGGACAUCCCAGAGGCCCAUGGUGGAUUUUGAGUUGGACACCCAGAGGAUGGAGGAGAUGUUCAGCCAGUCUGACACUCAACUGGCUCUGCGAAAGACUGGGCCUGUCAAGAAGACCAUCAGGGGCCUGUCCCUAUCCACACAGGGCCUACAGAGGGUCUUAAUCCUCAACUCUAAGAAGAGUAUGAAUGUGGGGAUCUUUCUGAAGCAGUUCAAGAGGCCGGUGAGGGACAUAGUGGAUGACGUCAGAAGGGGGAACUGGCUGAGGUUUGGAGCAGGAAAACUUAAGGAGCUCUGUAAACUACUGCCAGAUGAGGGAGAGGUGAAGAAGCUGCGGUCGUUCAGUGGAGACCUGACCCAGCUGUGUGAACCGGACCUCUUCAUGGUGCUUCUAGUUAAAGUACCUGGCUAUGAGGAGCGUCUGAGGACUCUGCUGCUGAGAGAAGAAUUGUUCCCUCUGAUAGAUGAGAUGAAACACUCCAUCGCUGUCAUGACCAAAGCAGCUAAUGAGCUGUUGGUCUGCGACGACCUCCACUCAAUGAUCCGCCUGGUGUUGAAGGCCGGGAACUACAUGAAUGCUGGCGGGUACGCUGGCAGUGCCAUCGGUUUCAGGAUGGCAUCUCUACUAAAGCUGGCAGACACCAAGGCCAACAAACCUGGCAUGAACCUCUUGCACUACGUCACCAUGCAAGCACAGGAAAUAGACGUUGCCCUGCUGAACUUCCCUGAGCAGCUUCAACACAUUGGGUUGGCUGCAAGGGUGCAGAAGCAGGAGGUGGAGUUAGACUUUCAGAGGGAGGUGGAGAAGGUGAAGGAAGCUAAGAUGGACGCCAGCACACAGCCUGAGCUUCAGUUACAGAUGGAAACCUUCCUCAUGAGGGCGGAGGCCAGGCUGGCUGACCUCCAGGCCUGUCUGUUGAACCUCGACUCCCUGAGCCAAGCUGUAGCAGAGUAUUUCUGUGAAGACCCAGCCACGUUUCGACUGGAGGUCUGCUGCUCCAUAUUCCACUCAUUCUGUGAGCGCUUCAACAGGGCUGUUCAGGAGAACCGUGAGCGUGAGGCAGCCGAGCUGAGACGCAGGCAAAGGGAGAGGUUCUGUAAUGUGGCCAAGCGUCGCUCCACUGCCACCUGCUCUGACCUGGAGCCCGCCGGGCCUGGCUCUGCCAUGGACUCCAUCCUCCACAGCUUCCUGACCACCAUACACCCCAGGGGCCCGGCAAGGCGCAGACGCCACCACCUCCCCCCUGUGAUGUUGUCCCCCAUCGGGGGCUCGCCCAUCGAGCCCUGCCCCAAGUCCAACCCCCUGGUCGACGAGCCAGAGACUAGAGCUGAUCCAGGGCCUAGCCGGUUCACCAGACCAGGAGGGAGCACCCUGGGUGGGGAGGCAGGUGUGGUGACACCCCGGAAGGAACAGGGGCAGAGGGAGAAGAGAGGGGAGGGCUGGUCCAGGGAGCUGGGUAGCCCUGAUGCGGUGGUGGAGAGGUUGGAUGGGGGGGUGAAGGAGGACUCCUAUCUGGACCCCCCUUCAGAGCAGAAGGAGAAGGAAAACGAGGGGGAGACAGCAACCCCAGGGGACCAGUGGAGAUGUUUUGGGUCAAAUAGAGCCUCUUCCAUCAACCAGAAACGGACCCCUAAGAGCUCUGGCCGUCGCAGCUUGUCGUCCAUCGACCAGAAACGAACCACUAAGAGCUGUGGCCGUCGCAGCUUGUCCCCUCGCCAACACACACCCCCCACCCAGGAGGAGGAGAAAGAAGAGGUGCAGAGGAUGCAUGUCGUGUCCAGGAAGAUGCUUCGCUAUCAGACUGGCCGAGGCAGGCGAUCUGGUGACCUAGAACAUCCUGAACUGCCAGAGUUGGGUGACAAAGCGAGCUUCGUCCCCCAAAACCACACCCCCCAAUGCUCCACACCUCGCCCUCUCCACCCCCACCCUAUUUCGCAACCCUCCACCCCUCACCCCAGGGAGAUGAGAGAGGUAGACCUGGCUCUCUGUAACAGCAUGGAGAACCUGGGCUCUCCCUGGAUCAUUCUCAGCCCCCACAUCUCACCCCAAAACCAAACGCCCCACCGACGACACUCCUUCUUCCCCCCCAGUGCCGACGAUGGCCUCGACGAUGGUGUCUGGUCAUUGCCCCCCACCCCCACCCGCCCUUCUACCCCCACCCGCCCUUCCACUGCCUCCCACCCGUCCACCGCCACCUGCCCCCCUCUGGUGCUGCUGGAGAGGAUGAGGGCUAUGGAGGGACACCCUGGACCCUCAGACCUCCAUGGAGAAGCAGGGAGGGGGCCCAUGUCCCUGCCUGACUGCCCCAGUCAGAGAGCUCUGUCCCAGGGCCCCAUGCUUCGCUCUCUCUCCCUGGAUGUGACUGGAGGGAGCCAGGCUCCAGGAUUCAGAUUCUGCCUUGGCGACCUGUUCCAGAGACGUACUUCGCUGUGGGCCCCAGUUGGUGCUGAGACGGGGUUUGCUACAGAGGCUCAUAAACCCUUGGAGAGGCAGAACAGUAGUUCUGGGAUUGUGUCCUUCUUCAGACUCUUUGGGGAGAGGAGAUGA